AUUCAACGUUCCAGCAAAACAAAACAAAAAGUUCGACGAAACCCGCCGGAGGAUCAUGGAAAAUCCGGAAGUGAUUUGCAGAAUUUGCCUCUCCGAUCAGAGCACACUACAAGCGCUUUUUGGAGCGAGUGAAAUUGACCCGGCAACUCAGAAACUGCUGGUAUCGAUCAUCACCGAUGUAGUCCAGCUGGAGCUUCGUGAGGGCGACGGACUGCCAGAGUCUAUCUGCCAGCAGUGCAUAGAUACCUUGCUGGACAUCUGGAACCGUUUGGAACAGUUGCGGGAAAACAAUAGGCUUUUGCGGGAGCGUAUAGAAGUCAAGAUGGAACCAGAACCGCUGGUAGAUGACCCGGGAGGUGUUGGUAAAAGUUUAGGGCAUCCAUCAAAUCACGCGAAAGAUGAAGAUCCAAUCGGAACUAAUCCACCAUUCGAGAAUGUCGAGUUAAAAGACUACAGCAAUGAAGGCAAUGUUCUAUCAACACCAGUUGAAUGUCUUAAAAUCAAGAUAGAUGUUGAAAACUCCGACGAAAGUUCCUCUGUCGAAACUAAACGUAGAAAACCCAAAACGGAAAAAAUACUACGAAAACGUGGUCGGAAGAAAAAGAUUGACACCCAUAAAAGAGCACCCGUUGAAAAUUCAAAAAGUAACAAACACAAGUGUUACAUUUGCCGGAGCGAACCUUUGGGAUCGGAUAAAGCUUUACUGGAACAUCUAACGAAUCAUUUGGAUAAAACUCCAUACACCUGCACGGAAUGUAAGAUGGAAACAAUUGUGUUAAAGAGCGUCCGUUCGUUAAACUGGCAUUUGAAAAUGCACGCACAACCCGUUAAAUGUGAAUAUUGUGACCGUCGUUACGGUGACGAACGAGCUCGGGAUCAUCACGUUAAAACAUUUCACCUGGGUGAAAGUGCUCCUUGCCCGUCCACGUGCGAACAGUGUGGCAAAGUCUGCAGUUCACUUUCGUCUUUGAAAACUCACAUGCGUGACCAUCGUUUGGAUUUGAAAUGCGAGUUCUGUGAUAAAAUCUUUCAUCGGAAAUAUAGACUGAGAGAACACGUAGCUCAAGUUCAUGAGAAUGCCGGAAAAUAUAAAUGUGAAAUUUGUGGAAAAGUCGUAAAGUCUGUUACCAGUUAUAAUUUACAUCUUAAAUUGCACACACAGGAGAAAACCUAUGAAUGUGAUCUAUGCCCGCAAAAGUUUUAUUCGUCCGGAAAUCUCAACGUUCAUAAGAAACUUCACUCCAGUAACACUAACUAUAAGCCCAAUAAAGACUGGAGUCAGUACUACACAGUUCAUCAGGAGCCUGGGCAAAACAAAACUUACACUUGUAAGAUUUGCAGCAAACCAUAUUCUAGUACUGUAAUCAAUAGUCAUCUCAAGUUGCAUUUCAAGGAAAUUCUGUGUGAUCAGUGCGAUCUCAAAUUUCCGAACCAAUCGCAAUUGAAGAAACAUUACGUUGUGCAUACCGGUGAACGACAGUUCAAAUGUACCUUCUGCAGCAAAGACUUCCUCCAUAAAGGUAAUCUUCGGCAGCAUCUCAAGUUGCAUCGGAAUGAGCAGAACUUUGCCUGCGAAUUUUGUGGGAAACUUUUUACCUACAAAGAAGGUAUGAAAUCCCAUAUCCGAAAUCACCAUCUAAAGGAAAGCCCCUAUGAAUGUUCGUACUGUGAAGGCAAGUUCGUCGACAACGCUUCCCUAGGGCGACACAUUGUUGCGGAACACGAACCAGCCCCAGUGCCGGCGGUGCAGCUGGGUCCUCCACCGCUCAAGGGCACUGUCAAGGUAGGAAUAGCGGUUACACGUGAGUAAAUCCAUUUUUAUGUCAAUAAUAUCAAACGAUCGCUAUUGGAGUUUUGAUUACUCUCUUCGAAAUCCAGAAACUUUGAUGAUGCUCCCGUUAAUUCAAAUUUGGAUACAUUUAAAGAUUUAUUAAUACUCGACAUUGGAAUAUUUUUUUCUUUCUUAGAUUAUAACUCAUGUGAGUUAAA